UUCAGAAAAUUAAAGGAGAUUUUUACUCCUUUAUAAAGACAUUUACAGCAGUGCAUUUUAUUGGUUAUUAUCAGGACAUUGAACAAUACUGAUAACGAAUACCUUUUGUAUUGUGGUUUCCAAUCAGGGAAAUUUAGGAAAUUUAUUGAUACCUGAAUUAGGUAGACAGUGAGUAUUACCUGUGUUGAUAGUGAAAGUGUUUGUGUUGCGACCAAGUGGUAAGUGUCAUAACGAAGUGAUAAGUGAAAUAAUGUUAUAAAGUGUUUGUGAGUGAUGGUGUUGUGACCAAGUGUUAGUGCUGUAACGAAGUGAUAGUGUUUGUGACUCAGUGUUUGUGUUACUACAAGUUCAACAUGUGAGGCUGGGAGAAGUGCGUGUUACAUGGAGGUGUGGAGGGACACUCCGCUUCGUGGGAUUCGCCCUCUACCCCAGGCCUCUGCCGCCACCAACCUCCCUUCCUCCUCCUCCAACAACGUCCUCACAUCGUCCUCCAAAACCUUAAGCCUGUCCUCCCAAACCUUCCUUUCGUCCUCCAGCACCUUUGCCACGCUCGGCAACGCCUUCACCUCGUCUUCCAACCCCUUUACCUCGCCCUCAAACGCCUUCUCCUCUUCCUUUCCUUCACCCUCAUCGUCGUCUUCGUCGUCGCCUUCGCCUCGUGCACUCGGGGCAGGGGUGAGGGCGGAGGGCGGCCCCAUGAAGGGGUCAUGUGUGGGGGAGCUAGGGAAGGGCGGCCAGCCAGGCGCAGCCCAUCAACGCCCACACUCACAGUCAACACUGGUCUUGUACCGCGACACCCGCCUCCCCGACGCCUCUGGUGACUCACGUGGGCCUUGUAGUGCGCUCCUCGACGCUAAAGACACACAUCACUGUGCCUCUAAAAACUGCCUGGCAGCCCGACCUGAGGCUCUCCAUCGAACAGUAAGUACUGCACUUGGACCACACACCCAGGCGCCGGUACUCGUGAACGGAGAAAGUGAAAAGAUACAAGAAAACAACAACUACUACCAUGGCGCUAACAUUCCUAUCAAUGCGUGUAGGGAACACGAGGCGGCAGACCUCCGUGUGGGCUGGUUUGAUAUGGGCUUGGAGAGGAGCCUGGACCACCCAACCUCUGGCUCCACCAUCAAUGGUCUGCCCUCCGCGGCCUACCACCAUACCUACCGUACUAUCGAGGAGAGUGUCAGGCGCCACAAAGUUCAGAACGGAAAGUUGCCUUUUGCUAAGGGAGAAGAGAACGGCGUCGCUGUGUCCAGGUACAAUAACAUCAGGAUACAGAACGCGGCGCAGGUGUUAGCGGGUGCUGGGCGUGGCGCUGGGUCACUUCCCCUUGACCUGGGAAUAGGCGCAGGAGGUAUCCAGCAGCCCACCCGCGCCCGCUCACGCCCCUCCGGCAACCACAUAUCAAUCAGACCCAAGUUGGUUCUCCCCUCCGACGACCAAGACCUCGACAGUACCGACGAAGGGGAGUAUCCUGGUGGUCUCUCUGGCCGAGUCAAGAACCUGUGCGGGUCCUUCAACCUGGCUGGGGACACCAUGGAGGGCAUCAUCCAGUGUCUUGUCUUCCUAAAGGCUUUUAGUCUGGUGGGCGGAGAGUUUGACAUGGAGUUGAACUUCGUGAUCCAGGAUGCACACAACCUACGACAUAUGCUGGAGCUCCUCGACCACUGCCCGCCACCCUUACAGGCUGAGAUAUGGUCAGUGUUCAUCGCGAUCCUGCGCAAGAGUGUACGUAACCUGCAGGCGUGCACUGAGGUCGGCCUCAUCACCCACGUCCUCCAGCGACUACCACAGGCGGACAACGUCGUCGCAGACCUGUUGAUCGAGGUGCUGGGGGUACUGACCAGCUAUUCCAUCACCGUCAAGGAGCUCAAAUCUCUCUUCGGCUCCAUGAAGGCUGACAGGGGACGAUGGCCGCGUCACUCAGCCAAGCUCUUGGGCGUGUUGCGACAGAUGCCCAACCGUUCUGGCCCUGACGUCUUCUUCUCCUUCCCCGGCAAAAAAGGCUCGGCACUGGUGCUGCCGCCACUAGCUCGGUGGCCUUACGAAGCCGGGUGGACCUUCACUACCUGGUUCCGCCUCGACCCCAUCAACUCCGUCAACAUCGAGAGAGAGAAGCCCUAUCUAUACUGGUGAGUACCCGAGUCUUGUUCU